AUGUGGAAGAAAGUCACAUUAAGUAGAGAAAUUAUAAAAACAUCAAUAACAAAGCUAAUAAAGAGAGACAGGAAAUUACAAACACCACAGACAUCUCCGCAGAUAUUUCAAAAUAAAGAAGGAAAUGAAUCCAAAAGGUCUACUACUACUACCACUACUAUACUUUCCAGCCCUGCAACCACUACCAAAAUAAAUACUAUUGCACCUACUCCACCUACUGCUAUCCCAUUACUACGGAUUAUUACUUCAUUACCGAAAUUAUUUCCAAGAUCAAUAAAGCAAUCCAUUCAAGAUUAUAAGAUAUUCCAAAAGGAUCCUGAAAGGCUUCAAAUUGAUCUUUUAAAAACAUUACCAUUUUUUUCUAAUGGUGCAAAAUUUAAAACAGGGAAGAUAUUAAAAACCCAAAUUGAGGAUAAUGAUGAUUAUUACAUUAACGAAUUCUGUAUCACUCCAGACACAAAUAUCAACAUAAAUUCGGCAGAUGUCAAGCAUUUAAUCUUCAUCCAUGGCUACGGAGCUGGUUUAGGUUUCUUUAUCAAAAACCUAGAAAAUAUUCCAUUACUAAACAACAGAUGGUGUAUCCAUGCUAUUGAUCUCCCCGGAUAUGGCUACUCUACAAGAAACAAGAAAUUUCCCUUCAAAUACCCUCGUGACUCGCAGUUAAAAGUUCAAAACUGGUUCCAUGAUAAGAUCCAUAUAUGGUUACAAAAGAGGAACUUAUUAAACUACCCUAAGAAUAACUUAAUAGUAGCUCAUUCCUUAGGCGCAUACCUAAUGGCACAAUAUGCAUUCAAAUUCCCAUCACAUUUCCAAAAAUUAAUCAUGUGCUCACCGGCAGGCGUCACUAAAUCGUCAAUAAAAAAAUUAAAUAACUCACCGCCAUGGUGGUAUGAGAAACUAUGGGAUUUGAAUUUUUCUCCAUUCUCCAUCGUGAGGAAUUCAGGAAUUUAUGGAUCUAAGAUAACAAGUGCCUGGUCUUAUAGGCGGUUUAAACCUUUGGACUUAGACCACAAGCAAUUCGAAGCAUUGCACCGGUAUGCCUAUUCCAUUUUCAAUAGACCUGGGUGCGGAGAAUAUUUAUUAAGUUUUAUAUUGAGUUGUGGCGGCAAUCCAAGGUUUUCAUUGGAAGAUACGCUUUUUCAAAGGGAAAAUCUAAGUACAGAAUUAUGUGAUUGGGGUUGGAUUUAUGGUGAUAACGAUUGGAUGGAUAUAAACGGUGCUAAGCGUGUGUCUAGAUUAAUUAAUGAACAACAAAAGGGUAAGAGUGAUGUGCACGUUAUCCCAUCGGCUGGACAUCAUUUAUAUUUGGAUAAUUAUAAAGAUUUCAAUAAAUUGUUGAUAAAGGAAAUGGAAAUGUUUGGAGAACGUUAG